CUCUGGUGUUAAAGCAACUCCUUAGCGAAGAUGGCAACCGCUUUUGUGCGGACUGCUUUCAAAGAGGUCCUCUUUGGGCCUCUUUGAAUUUAGGAGUUUUUUUAUGCUUGAGAUGCGCUGGAAUUCAUAGACAACUCGGUGUUCAUAUUUCUCGUAUUAAAUCUUGUACUCUUGACAAGUGGACACGCGAACAAAUUGAAUCUUUCAAAAGUAAAGGAGGUAAUAAAGUAGUUAACUCUGCAUACGAGGCCACCUUGGACAAUUCUUUUCUGCGCCCAACUACUGAGAAAGAAAUUGAACUUUUUAUAAAAGCCAAAUACCAAACUAAAACUUACUACAAAGAAGAAACAUUGGAUGAGAAGACAUCUGAAUGUUUAAUAAUUAAUAACGUUGAAGAAGAAACUUUUGGUAGCUUUAUUGGAAGUUCUAAUCAAUUCGAAUUACAAAAGGGACCCGAAAAAUUUCAGGAAACAUCCUUAAAAACCAAAGUAGACGUGAUUGAUUUUAAUGAAAGUAACUUAAAAAAAACCGAAAGUUGUUCAACGUUUGAGUUGGAUAUGAAUAUUAGCGGGUGUUCUCAUAAACAACAGGACUUACCUCAAAUCGUUCCACUAGAAAAGAAAGAUUCCUCUUUCAUAGUAACUGGAGCCUUCAAUAUGGGUAAAGCUGACGAGCGUUCGAGCGGCGGUAGAGAAGAAUUUUUACUUCAAGGCAUAAACUUCGCUAAAAAAGACCAGCUCCUAUUUAACGCCGAUGAUUUUAAAGACGUCGCUUCCGCGGGCCGCUGCGAGGAAAAAAAAUUCCAGCAUAGUAAUCUUCUUGAAGAUGAUUUUUUCCAGCAAAACUUGGAACAAGAGACAAAAGGAUUUCUUGAACAAGAGCAGCAAAGUUUCUCAAAAGACGGAAUAUUAUCGCUGUUUGACGGGAAAUCCAGUUAUUCUUACGGGCAAAACAUAUCCUGCUUGCGUUCUUCAGCCAUUAUUCCUGAAAGAAAGCCUCAAGAGCUGGACUUCCAGAGCCUUCUUCCAGCCGUUCAAGAACCUUCUUAUAAAACUUCUUCGAAUUUGCAACAGAGUGAUAAAAAAAGAUCCACUUACGACGAGCAUUUUGCCAAUCUCCUUCCGAAAAAUUUUUCAACUAAUAUUUGUUAA